AUUUAAUAACUAUUUUAUCUUCAUUUUGUUCUUACAAGUUACAAACAUUUUGAUGGCUAAGUUUGGAGUAUCUCAAAUAUUGUUGGUGCUUUUCAUGGUUUUGAAUGGUGUAGUCACAAGCCAAAAUGUUCCUGCCAUGUUCAUAUUUGGUGACUCACUUAUUGAUAAUGGUAACAACAACAAUAUGGCUUCCUUAGCUAAGGCUAACUAUUUUCCAUAUGGUAUUGACUUCAAUGGAGGACCUACUGGUCGUUUCUCAAAUGGUUACACCAUUGUUGAUGAGAUAGCUGAACUACUUGGACUUCCUUUAAUUCCUGCAUACAAUGGAGCCACAAGGAAUCAAGUGCUUAAUGGAGUAAACUAUGCUUCAGCUGCUGCUGGAAUCCUUGAUGCCACUGGAAGAAACUUUGUUGGGCGGAUACCAUUUGAUGAACAACUUAGGAACUUUGAGAACACAUUGAAUGAUAUUACUGGAAAUCUUGGAGCCGAUAAUCUGGCGACAGAGCUUUCAAGAUGCUUAUUCUUUGUUGGAAUGGGAAGCAAUGACUACCUAAACAACUACCUUAUGCCUAAUUAUAACACCAGAAAUCAGUACAAUGGACAACAGUAUGCUGAUCUCUUGGUUCAAACAUAUAACAACCAACUGACUAGGCUUUAUAAUCUUGGAGCAAGGAAAUUUGUGAUUGCUGGAUUAGGGCUAUUGGGAUGUAUUCCAAGCAUAUUGGCUCAAAGCAAUAGUGGAAGCUGCUCUGAUGAAGUGAACAUGUUAGUGCAACCUUUCAAUGAAAAUGUGAAGACCAUGUUAAGCAAUCUCAACAAUAAUCUACCUGAUUCCAGAUUCAUAUUCAUCGACAGUUCUCGCAUGUUCCAGGAAAUCCUUCUCAAUGCUAGAUCUCUUGGAUUUACUGAUGUGACCGAAGGGUGUUGUGGCCUUGGAAGAAACAGAGGUCAAAUUACAUGUCUACCAUUGCAAAGACCAUGUCCUAAUAGAAACCAAUAUGUAUUUUGGGAUGCAUUCCAUCCAACAGAAGCAGUUAACAUUCUGAUGGGAAGGAUGGCUUUUAGUGGCAACACCAAUUUUGUUUAUCCUCUAAACAUUCAGCAACUUGCUCAACUGUGAAUCUUGUUGUCUCUUCUCUUAUCUUUUCAAUUAUUACUAUUAGUGUAAGGAAUUAUUAGAGAACAAUAUCUAUCAUGUAUUGCUUCCUACAUUUACAAUUAUCAGAGAAGAUGAAUAAUUUAGUGGUGUUAAACAA